AACUUUAUUGACUUUUUUGAGUCUGGGUAUCUUCAGGGGCAGAAUGGACUGAGGACAGAGGCUCUGGCUGGAACGCCUGCUGGACACGGCAUGUUGGUUCUUGGAGCUCUUGGAAGCAAACGCUGGGGUAGAAGUGAGGCUGAUCAGAAGCCAGAGCUUAACUGCUGGACUCACGGCCACAUCAUGUCCAGCUCCCUGCUGACUGGAGGUCAUGUGGUCAGCUUGACUCCUCGCGAAGAAUCCAGGAUGGCCCUGCACCCAAGCUCCAACCCCAGCCUCCCAGCACUGUGUCCUUACUACACCACAGAGAGCUGGGGAACCCAGCCUCUGAUGGCCCCCACACUCUGCAAAGGCACCUCUAGCAGGUUCCAGCCUGCCCAGCAAGCAGAAGCCAAAGCUCACUGCCCCCUGCAGCACCCUGGGGAGCAGGCCUCAGGGACCUCACAGGACCUCGACUCCUGCAUUGACUUCUCACUGGAGACCCUCAACCAGAUGAUCCUGGAACUAGACCCCACCUUCCAGUUGCUUCCCUCUGGGACUGCUGGUCCCCAGGCUGAGCAGGCCAGCAGCAUCACUUCAAGGAGCAAGAAGGAGGAACCUGAAGCCUUAGAUAUAAAGUACAUCGAAGUGACCUCCACCAGAUCAAGAUGCUUCGACGGUCCCCAACGCUGCUCCAGCCCAUGUGUGACUCCACCCUUUGGCUCCCCACGCAAUGGCAGCCUCCUUUUCUCCAGAGACAUUCCCCGAGAGACUCGAAGCAGCAGCGAGAGCCUCAUCUUCUCUGGGAACCAGGGCAGGGGUCCCUCUCCCCACACCCCAUCUUCCCUUAGCAGUUCCAGCUCUGGCCAGGAAAGCAGGGCCUCAGGCUCCCCACUGGCCACUCCUCCAGGCUGGGAGAAAGGGCCAAGGGCCCCCCAGCGGGGCAGCAGGGUUUCUGUGCUGUCAGCCAGCCCCACGUCAGAUGUCAGCUAUGUAUUUGGAAGCAGCCAGUCCCUCCCGCUCUCAAGCCUCUCCAGCUUCCAGUCGUCUUCGCGAUCCUUGGCGAGUCCAGCCAGCUCCUCUUCCAGCCUUCACAGCCUGGACCGAGGGUCCCAGUGUGGGAGACCUGGUGAUGCCCAGGCUCCCAGCAACCCAAUACCGAACAUGGGCCAGCCCCAAGCAGCCCACUGUCCUCCAGUAGCCAAAGAGCAGGCCAGCAGUUGCCCCCCUUCUGUCACCAACUCCAUGGUGGACGUACCCAUUGUGCUAAUCAAUGGGUGCCCAGAACCACAGUCUCCCCCAGCCCGGCAGACACCAGGACACCAGGGCUCUGUCCAGCCUCGGACUGCAUCUCCCAGCCACCCCUGUCAGGCUACCAAGAGCCACAGUCAGACUCUACCAGAUGGUCCUGUCGCUGCAUCUCCAGAUGGUGCCACCAAGGGCAUGCAGCCCACCAUGAAGUUCGUGAUGGACACAUCCAAAUACUGGUUUAAGCCAAGCAUUACUCGAGAGCAAGCAAUCGAUCUGCUGAGGAAGGAGAAGCCAGGUGCUUUCGUCAUCAGGGACAGCUCCUCCUACCGGGGCUCCUUUGGCCUUGCCCUGAAGGUACAGGAGACACCAGCUUCUGCCCCAAAUCGACCAGGUGAGGAUAGCGCUGACCUUAUACGUCACUUCCUGGUGGAGUCUUCAGCCAAAGGGGUGCAUCUGAAAGGAGCAGAUGAGGAGCCCUACUUUGGGAGCCUCUCUGCCUUCGUGUGUCAACACUCCAUCAUGGCCCUGGCUCUGCCCUGCAAACUCACCAUCCCACAGAAAGAACUGGGAGGCGCAGAACCAGCGCUGGACUCCCCCACGCAUGGCCAGACCUCUUGCCUGAAGAUAUCAGCUGGCUGCCACACGCUGUACCUGAGCUCGGUGAGUGUGGAGACCCUGAGCGGAGCCCUGGCUGUGCAGAAGGCCACCUCAGUCACCUUGGAGAGGGAUGUCCUCCCCACACCUACUGUGGUCCAUUUCAAAGUCACUGAACAGGGCAUCACUCUGACAGAUGUCCAGAGAAAGUUGUUUUUCCGACGCCACUACCCACUCGCCACCCUCCGCUUCUGCGGAAUGGACCCCGAGCAACGGAAGUGGCAAAAGUACUGCAAAGCUUCCAGGAUCUUUGGGUUUGUGGCCAAGAGCCAGACGGAGACACAAGAGAACGUGUGUCACCUCUUCGCAGAGUACGAAGCAGUCCAACCAGCUCUCCAGGUGGUCAGUCUGGUGACUGCUCUGCUCCAGGACACAGACAGGGUAUAGAAGGGAGCUACCUGUGCACCUUCCCUGACAUCUCAAGAGACUUUCCCUGGCCAUGCCGCUGUGGCCACGUCGACAGACUUGACUGUUGGACCUGAGGACAGAGCAAGUUGAAGCUUUGGAGCCUGCUGUGACAUUCAGCAGUAACCUUCACCCAAUUCUUGGGCCUCAGGCUCUUUAAUUAUAUAUAAAGGAACCCAACCGCAAGAAAAUGGUCCCUUGGAGACUCAGCUGGGAAUCUUCAGUGUGUUCCUCCACGCUACUGAAGCCCACCCACAUCCAGGACUCCCUGUGUAAAAAUUGCCUGCAACGACACUCUGGCUUCAUCCGCUUGAACACUCCCUUCGUGGCAGGUUGAGCCAGAGGCCUAUGACCCCUGCAAACAGCAAACAGCAGGUGCUGGGUCAGAACUCGUAGGCCCCUGGCUGGAAGCCGGUGAUGAUGUGUGCAGUUUGGGGACAGGUUCGAUUUCCCUCACACCUGUCUCUUCCCUGCUGGCCCAGGAUUCUUUUGUUUUCAAGAGAUGGAAAGGUUUGGGGGUUGUGAACAUAACUGUGUUGCUAGAGGAUUUACCUGACAAGGACAAGGGCUGGGCUCGAUCACUAAGCACAGUGGUGAAUGCUGAAAAAUCCCAGCACUUGAAGAGGCAGGAAGAUCAGAAGUUCAGGGUCAUUCUUAGCUACAUGAGUUUAGGUCAGUCUAUGCUACAUGAGACCUUGUUGAGGGAAAGAGAAAGAAGGAGAGAGAGAGAGAGAGAGAGAGAGAGAGAGAGAAAGAGAGAGAGAAGGAGAGAGAGAGGGAGGGAGGGAGAGAGGGGGGGGUUAACGUUUUCAUAGAUCUCACCCAUGGAAGGGGGUACCACUUCAAGAAGGAGCUGCUGUGGGGGGAGAGUUUCAAAGUGGGAAGGUGCCUGCAAGGUCCAAAAUCUAUGAUGGAGAGGAGACAGGGUCAAGGGCCUCAGCCAGAGCAGACCUGGCAGCCACAGUGCGUGUACCCUGUGGCGCAACCCAUUUCAGCUUGCUUUGAGGGACCCAUCAGAUGCUGUCAGAGUCGAGUCUGAACAUAGACCGGGAGUGAGUUUUUGUACCCCUCGCUUCUUUCCGCUUUGCAAUCAAGGUUCUGUCAGUGGAGCCCUCUCUAAUGCAGUAUUUAAAACACUCUCACAUCUGGAGAUCUAGGUGUUGCAGUCUGAUCAACUCCUAGCCAUCUGGUGGAACUUUCUGGAUUCCUCUGAUUUUUAGGUAUAAUUUGCCAAGGCCUUGGGAUCUUUUUCCCAAGAGCAUGCUAGGAAAAUCCCUAGCCUCUGCAGUUACAAACUUGGGCUAUUGUCUAGUUGGUCAACUGCUCUGUGAUGUUGGCCCGGGAUUCUGAACGCUAGCUUGGCUGUGUCUGUGGGGCUAGCUUAAUAGAAGACCCUUAUCCCCAUGGUCAGAAAAAUCUCGGCAGUGCUCACAUUCUUAAUGUCUAAUCCAUCCUUCCCAAUAUAUUACAGAUGAAUAUCCCCCCCAUCUUUGCUUUCAAUUUCUUGAUAAGCACGUGCCCCAGAACAGGUAUCACAGCUGCCUGGCAUUGCUCUCAUAACCAACAUCUAGUGGAUGAAAAUGAGAGACCCUGUUGCUAUAAUACAUAUAGGGGUGCAUUUCCCUGCCCCAAAUCCAUUCUUGCUGGGUCCUCCAGUUCCAACACACAAACACUAUAUGGCGUCACCAGCCUUACAAACACAAGGGGGCAGGAGAGAGUCAAGAAUACAAAGAGGCAGCUUCUCCAGCUGGUUGGAGAAGUUGGACUCGUCCCCUCCCACAUUCAAGGCAGUCCUGCAAAACCUGUUGCUCUUCUUCCAGCCUGCCUACCUCCUUAGGAGACUUCCGUGGCGUGCAAGGGGAUGCUCACAGAAGCCCGCUGUAACUCACUGUGGAGCAAGUGUCUAUCCCCCUCCUGUCGUCAGCCUACAGAGCACCAUUGUCCUUGGCCAAGGUCAGACCUGAGGGAUUAUGAUUUCAACUUAGGAAAAGAGAAUCAGAUGGGGAGUGUGGAGGUGGAGUGGGGAGGGUGCUAGGCUCGCAUUGCAAGCUAAGACGGGCCUUCCAGCAUUAGAUGGACUCCGUUCCACCCAUUCUAGGCUUAGUGGGAAGAGUCCUUCAUACAUCCCUGUAUACUUCAUGGAAAAUAAAGUUUCUUUGUACAAUA